AUGAAAGGUGAGUUUCUUCUUACAUUGGCUCUUAUUUCUCUCCUCUUGGCCUUCUCGUUUGUCCAUGGAGGAGGAGAGACAGAAACACCAGCUCAUACAGCGGCUAGCCCGAAAAGUCCGACCGGAAAAUCAAGCGCUUCAAGCGGUGCAAGUGGUUCAGCUCAUGGACCUAACUGGGGAUAUGAAUGGGGAUGGGGUUCAACUCCAGAAGGUGGUUAUGGUUAUGGUUCUGGUUCCGGUUCCUCACCAGAUGGAGGAGGAAAAGGGGCUGGAUUCGGGUUUGGUUCGGGUUCUGGUUCGGGAACUGGAUUUGGGUUUGGCUCGGGAGGAGGAGGAGCUACUGGAGGUGGUUCUGGUCAUGGAAGUGGAAGCGGUCACGCAAGCGAAAGCGGCGGUUCGGGAGUUGGAAACGGUGGAGGAUCUCCAGGUCGUAGAGAGAGGAGCCAACAUCGUUAA